CAUAGCUAUGCAUAAUGUACACAAAUAAGCGCAGUUGCUGUGUUCUUUAAAAAACCGGUUAGGCCAACUCGAUCCGUCAGGUAGAAAGUUUUACCCUUGUGCACCACAGUUCAACGGCUGUACACUCACACAUCACUGACUCUGUAUAAGUGGUAGUUGGUAGUCUUACAACACAGCGGGGACGUCUACAGCUGAGAGUGAACCACGAAGAGUUCAGAUUCUGAAAAGAAGCAGCAUGCCGCCUGCGGAGCGCAUCCAGUGUGACGAGGACGGUGUUGCUCGUGCAGCAGUCGCUGUACACUGCGGUCAGCCAUCCCUUCCUGAGCUUCUCACGUUGAACAAAAGGACGUGCUUGCUCCAGUCAGCCAGGACUAGCCAGCUUUGAGACCAACAACCGUGACCAAUCGCCCCCAAGACCACCACUUGUUCCUCGAGUGUCUCAGACUACAGAUUUGUUGCCCGUGAGGGGAGGCGUCGCAGCACAAGAUGGCGGUCAGUCAGCUGUUUGGUGGCAAUAGCAGUUUUUUGAAGGCAGGAAAUUUUGAAUACGAACAAAAAGAAACUAAGACUAAAUACGACCUGAAGAAAAAGAAGCACAUUUCUCCACCUGCUGGGGGUCUCGGUCAGUACAAACCUAAAAUCUUGACCCUUGACUCUAGUGGACAGGUUCCGGCUUAUACAGAAAGCGAAGACAAGAAAGCUUCCAACAAAGGACGUGCACCCCUUCUGCCGCACGAAGCGACCAAAGAGAAUGGUUCUACGAGUGCUUUCGGCACCUUCCAAACAAACAAUGGUAUUAACACUAGCAGACCUUUCGUCGUCGGCGAUAAAGACACUCCCAUGGUGCUUUAUGACACUCCUGACUUCAAAGAGGUAGCAAGUGGGCUGCACAACCUUAGUCUGACCUCGGAGGACGGGAGACAAGUCCCGACAUCUUCGAGCACGCCUGGCAUUGAGACUCGAAAUCCGCUGUUCAUGAAGACGACAGAAAACGAAAAAGCGACCUCCACCGAGAACAAACAGCAAGACAUUUUCAUUCCCGCCCCUGAUUACGACGAAGAGGAAAAGACGAUCGACUUCACUGACGAUGGCGAUGUGACGGAACAAGCCAGCCCUAGCCGAGGCAAACAAGUCUUUAAAGAAUAUGGCGGCGAGGACUUUGCCCAUUAUCUCUUUGAAGAAGAAGCGGAGACAGUAACGAUGCGUCCGAAGCAAGUAAGCAUCCAAGCGCAACGCAAGUCCCAGACCGAGGCCAAAAGGUCAUACUACAAGAAACGUGGGUCGUCAAGCCCGUCCAAAAGACUGAGCAAGAAAGACAGGGCGGCCUCUGGAUCCCUCAGUUCUCUCCGAAAUUUUACAUACGCUGAUUCAAAGUUUGGGACAGUAUCAAUGGCAGAGAAACCUCGCACAAGUGUGAGGUCGCUGACGGACGUGGAGGUGGAGGCUGAGGUGUUUGUAGACACGGGUUCGUCCUACGAGACCUUCUUACGCUCCAUCAACGGAGAGUUUGUCAAUGGGGCAUUCACCAGCGAUGAGUUAGCAUCUGUUCCAAAAAUGAGUAAACCUGACCAUUCUGAAGGUUCUCAGAAACAAGGCAAAGACACGCUAUGGAAGCGGCUGACCUGGCGAUUUAAGUGACAAUUGAAAAAUUUCUGACUUUGCCACGUAGGCAAAUGUGUAAUAUUCUUAAUGAACAAAUUGAAACAACUGAACAAACUGGCUUUGUCAGUUGGAGGAGGGAUAAAAAGGAAGCGAUAACUUCAAGGAAAGUAUCUUUAUUUCGUGUGUUAGUUUGUGUGCACAAGUGUGUGAGUGUGCUGGUUUUUGUGUAUAGGUAUGAAUAUAAAUGUCAAAUCCAAUGUAGCAUAAACGGAAACUGGUUGGGCAGCGAUUCCGGUACAAUCAUAUUUUCGAUUUCCACUUAGGGUUAACUUGCUUGUAAGUUCCCUUUCUUGUCAUCUUCUACUGAACACAGUUUUUACUGCAUUGUACUUAAAUUCUCAGGUAGCCCAACUAGGGACUGAUCGACAUACCUGUAGUAGUUUGCGUUAUUUGAAUCAACAGCUGAAGUUGCCACAUGCAUAAGAUUGUUAGGUACAACGCUUGAUUAUUUAUGUCUAAUUGACACUUUGACAAUUAAUAAAUUCAUAACAUGCAUGAUGAUGAUGAAGAAGAUAAUGACGACGUCUAUGAUGAUAGUAAUGAUGAUGAUAAUAAUGAUGUUCUUCUUUCAUACACACCAUCUCUCUCUCACACAUACACACAAUUUAUCUUUUUUAUAUCUGUACACUGUAUUUACUAAAAUCUAAGCCACUAUAUACAGUCAUGCACGCACUGUGUACCUAAGUGGGGGUGGCUUCGUAUAACUCGGGAACAUAUUAUGAAAAUAUUCUUUAUCAGUUAACAGUAUUAUUCUAAAGUGUUAAAAAGUCUUGGAAUUAAUCUGCCUUUCCUCUGUGGGGAAAACAAUUCUACACACGACUAGCUCUGGAUUAGCAAGUAAUGUACUCGAUACUUUGAGAUAUGUGAGAUUCAGCCAUGUAGCUUCAUAAACUCACUCAGGUUAUGCUAUGGCGCACUGUUAUGGUCCAGAAUUGCAAGUGAACAUUUAUUGCACACAAAACGAAAAGAGCAGGCUUAAACCUACAAAAAUAAACUUUACCACAACCAAUGAAAGUGGACAUGUAGUAUCUUGCUGCAUCCCAUUCAGUGUUUCCAAAGUCGAAAAUAAAGUAAUUGGUAAAUGAUUGAGGAAGCGGGUUGUUCCUAGAUAUCAAAGAAUCACACUGCCACUAUUGCCGCUAUUGACACACUAAGGUGGCUGUCGACAUUGGAUUACGGAAGGUAAACCACCCAUGUGAAGGUAAAUCACCUGUCAAAAUGAAAUCAAAAAGAUUUAGCAAGAGAGGCCACCGAGGCGUGGAAAGUGAAGCCCCGCUGUCCCGCAUUCCCCCGACACUCCCUCCUUUACUAUAUAUUAGUCUUCACACAAAGAUGUCUGGCUGGUGGUUCAUGGUGUGCUGCGCCGAUCAGCUGCCAAACUCUCGAACUAAAAGUUUUCGAUUGUUAUUUUUUUUAGAAAGACGAAGACAAACAAAUAAACAUCGUUUCCUUUCUGAACAG